AUUCACAAUGGCAAUGGCAAAUCGUCAAAACCGUGGCGCAAAGCUGCCGCCAGAGGUCAAUCGUAUUCUUUAUAUUAAAAAUUUGCCGUAUAAAAUCACGACGGAAGAGAUGUACGAGAUUUUUGGAAAAUUCGGAGCAGUUCGGCAAAUUCGAGUCGGAAACACUGCAGAAACUCGCGGAACUGCAUUCGUCGUCUACGAGGACAUAUUCGAUGCGAAAACCGCCUGCGAACAUCUGUCUGGCUAUAACGUUUCGAAUCGGUAUCUUGUGGUGCUCUAUUAUCAAGCGACAAAAGCGUGGAAGAGAAUGGACACGGAAAAGGCUCGUACCAAGCUUGAAGAUAUCAAAGAAAGAUAUGGAAUUGGUGGAGACAUCGACAAGGAAAAGGAGAAGUUGGGAUUGUUCACUCCAAGAAGAAUUUAAAUAUCGUGUUUCUUUAAACCUUAUUUUAUCAUUUCCCUCAACCUUCAAUGAAUGAUAAUUUCUCUGUG